GCUCGUUUGUCGCAAAAAAGCAUCCGAUAGCCAACCUUGAAGACCGUCAGAACCAGCCGUAAGCUACCCUAUACAAAUUCGCCGCCAUGGUCGGAGGAGGAGACAAGAUGCCCACCGUGGGCACCCUCGACAAGCCCGAAAGCCUCGACCAGCUCCUGCGCGAGGACCGCGGCGACGAUUGCACAUCGUGCAAAGUCAUUGGAGGCGGCGCAUUCCUCGGCCUCGCGGCAUACAACUACCUCUCCGGCAUGGGCCACCUCGAAAGGCAACGCGCAGUGAUACUCAAGUCAGGAUCCAUGUUCGGCAUGGGAAGUCGCAAGCUGGGCGUCGCUAGCAUCUCGAUGGGCCUGGCCUACCUUGGGCUGUGGAGGUUGUUCAAGUAGACGACGGACGAAUGAAAGGGAUGAAAAGGAAUUGGGACAGUAAGCAGAAUCGCAACUCAAAUAAUUACGCCAUGCGCGUCUGGAGGAGAGAUCCUCACGGAUGUUGGAGAGCCCACGCUACCCGGGGGGCAGAAGUUUGGCACCACUCCGCCGACGUCCUCACACGAGCGUAUCUCGGGCGCCUACGAUAGGCUAUAGCGGCGGAAGCUCGUGAGAGAAGGCUCUGGUCAAGAUACCUUAGCCAUGCUGGCUUUACGACCGGCACGACACUGCUCGCUUGGGCGGACUGACGAUCUUUCGGCAUGGUGCAGUUAGAGGUAUUCUAGCAGCUACUGGCUGCAAACAUUGUUGUAACACUGUACAAUACUGUCAUGUAAUAAAAAGUGACAAUUGAAUGAAUCAAAUAUGAUGGCCAUUAUAAAGCUAGCAUUAUCAAACUUACCAGUUACCAGUGGCGCUUGUGGUUAUUGCGGUGU